AUGUGCUGCAACUGCUGCAGUGUGCGCCAACAAAAGAUCUGGGUCUUUGGCCUAGGCACUUUUCUACUUAUACUAGGCAUUGUGCUGCUUUCAGCCUGGCCCAGUCUGUCGCGGCAAUUAAUACGUAACAUACUGCCCCUGGCGCCCAAUUCGUUUAUGUACAAGCGCUGGGUGACCACACCGACACCGGUCUAUAGCACCUUCUAUCUAUUCAAUUGGACCAAUCCGGAGGAUUUGAAUAAUGAUCAAGUGAAACCGAAUUUUGAGCAGCUAGGACCUUAUACGUUUAGUGAUUACAAGGAAAAGGUGCAUCUAAUGUGGCAACAGCCGGAGGUAACCUAUUACGGACGAAGAGUUUGGCACUUUGUGCCUGAGAAAUCCAAGGGUAGUCUCGACGAUGUCAUUGUUGUUCCACAUUUUCCAACACUGACGGCCGCCCGCUAUGUGCGCAAAUAUCGUCGCCCGCUGCGCAAGAUUAUGAACUUUGCGCUGAAUCGUGAGGGAGGUGGCACCUACAUGAGCUACACGGCUGGACAGUGGCUAUUCGAUGGUUUCUACCAUGAGCUCAUUGACUUUGUGGAGCGGCUGCAUUCGCCGCUGUUGCCACUGUACAGUGACCAUUUCGGCUGGUUCUAUAUGCGCAACAACUCUGAGACGGCCGAGGGUAAUUUCACCAUACACACGGGCCAAGGGGAUCUCAGUCGGAUGGGCGAGCUGCAGCGAUGGAAUGGCACCGCACAUACGGGCUACUAUGAGGGCGAGUGUGGCAAGGUCAAUGGCAGCACGGGCGAGCUGUGGGCGCCGGGUCGUCGGUGGCACGAGACAAUUUCCAUAUUUUUGUCAGAUGCAUCGCGAUACAUAAAUCUGUACAGCAUGGCGAAUGUCACUGUGCAGGGCAUCGAUGCCUGGCGCUACGAGACCAGCGAACUGAGCUUCGACAACGGCCAACUGGCGCCGGAUACGAAAUGUUUUUGUGUUGCCAAAAAGGAAUGUCCGCUGAAUGGUGUGCUAGAUUUCUCACCAGCCGCCUAUCAUGGUCCCAUUUACAUGUCGCAUCCGCACUUCUACAUGACAGAUGAGUCCUAUAGGAGAAAUACGACCGGCUUGCAGCCGAAUCCUUUGGAGCAUGGCAUGUAUGUGGUCAUGGAGCCGACUCUAGGCAUACCGCUAAGCCUGAAAGGACAAGUUAUGAUCAGUGUACUUGUGCAGCGAGAUGAGGCCAUCGACUACCUCAAGGAUGUGGCCUAUGAUCACUAUGCUCCGCUGUUUGUGGUUCAACUUCACGCAGACCUGGGUGAUGAUCUGAUCCGCCUGCUUAAGCUGGGCUUAAGCGUGCCCAAGAUUGGUCAAUUCAUCGGACUGGGAUUGCUUUUGAUUGGCCUCAUCAUGCUGAUUGUUGGCGUGGUCGUGAGUAAAAAGCAUAAAUGGCACAAUGAGUGGAAAACUGAAAGCAGCGCUGAAGUAAAAGUAAUUGAAGGCGAUGGCGUUAACGGCAGCAAAUAUUGAUAAGACUGUGUUCUGUUUCUCUUUGUGAUAACGACUGUUUUCUGUUAUUAUUCGUAAUAUUUUGAGUGCAGAAGUGA